AGAUCGUCGAUUAAUUCGGAUUCGAGCUGGGCAAGAUUUAACAGGCGGCAAAGUUCUCUUUUAUGAGUUUUAACAGAGCUGUAUUUUCAGGGUUGAAACCAAAAACUCUGGUUAAACUGAAAAAGUCCUUUGUUAAUUUAUCUACCCGGUCAAGGUGAUACUCCAUGGUCUGGGGUGGGUGCGCUUUGCCCAGUUGCCCCUCCAAUUACAAAAUGUGCUAUGGUGGUCUCAAGGGUAUUUCUGUUCAGCACUUAACAGAGAAGGGUGCUUUCUUUUUCAUUUUGCUGGAACUGUAAAGAGAUGGGCGUUGUUGAAGAAAACUAAAAAUUAUAG